AAGCAAUCUAUAUGACUAUAUAUAUGCAACCUUCCAAUUGCUAACUCCCAAGGGAUAAACUUCCCAUUCCAAUACAUACCCACCACAAAUUAACACCACUCUCAAUUCUCUCAGCUCCUUCAAUUCCUCAGCUUAGCUUACUGAACAAAACUACUUGGUCCUGUUUUGUCUUUGUGAAUAGUAAUAGCAACAAUAAUGCCAAGUUUCAGGCCCAUUAUUGUUAUUAUAUUCACUUUAGUCAUCUUUCAGCACCUCCCAAAAGAAAGCAUAGGCCAGAGAAAUGUUGGUGUGAACUUGACUCAAAUAGAAUAUGCAGAAGAAGAGUUCAUGAAAUGGGUGAUAUUUGUGGGCAGCCUAAAGCACUCUCUCUUCCGGGCGGCAGAGAAUAAGCUCUUCCCUUCCUUCACCCUCACCGUCGAUAACAAUCCGGCUUACGGCGACUUCACCUCCAUCCAGGACGCCGUUGACUCUCUCCCCUUUAUCAAUCUAUUCAGAGUUGUCAUCAAGGUCCAUGCAGGUGUUUAUACGGAGAAAGUGAAUAUACCAGCUACAAAAUCUUUUAUAACAAUUCAAGGGGCCGGGGCGGAGAGUACAAUCGUAGAGUGGGGAGACACAGCACAAACCCUUGGCCCAAAUGGGAGGCCACUUGGUACCUUCGGAUCUGCCACCUUUGCUGUCAACUCUCCUUUUUUCAUUGCAAAAAAUAUCACUUUCAAGAAUACAACUCCAGUGCCGCCACCAGGAGCAAUAGGGAAACAGGCAGUGGCAUUUAGGAUAUCAGCGGACACAGCAGCCUUUGUAGGAUGCAGGUUCUUGGGAGCUCAGGACACACUCUAUGAUCAUAUGGGUAGACAUUAUUACAAAGAUUGUUACAUAGAAGGUUCUGUUGAUUUCAUUUUUGGCAAUGCUCUUUCCUUGUUCGAGAAUAGUCAUUUACAUGCAAUAGCACAAGUGACAGGAGCGGUAACGGCACAGGGAAGAGCAAGCCUGUUGGAGGACACAGGCUUUUCAUUUGUCAACUGUAAGGUGACGGGGUCGGGUGCUUUGUACCUUGGAAGGGCAUGGGGUCCUUUCUCUAGGGUCGUCUUUGCUUACACUUAUAUGGACAACAUUAUCAUGCCCACAGGUUGGCACAAUUGGGGUGACCCUAAUCGUGAAAUGACUGUAUUUUACGGGCAAUACAAGUGCAGUGGGCCAGGAUCAAAAUAUGCCGGAAGAGUUUCAUGGUGUAGAGAGCUUACGGAAGAGGAAGCUAAGCCUUUUAUUACACUUAGUUUCAUCGAUGGCUCUGAAUGGCUCAAACUCGGCUGAAUGAAAUUAUUCAACUUCUACUUUUGUUUUCUUGUCUUCUCAUUUUAUAUCUUAAACUUGAUUUGUAUAGUUUGUAAAAACACACACAUUGUACUAGGAAAUUUGUAUCAAUAAAUAUAUGUUACAAUAUAUAGUAAUGUGAUUUUGUCAAUGAAGAACUACUUAUUACUGUGGGGUGAAGCUUUCUAAAGCUAGGCC